ACGCCGUAGCUGACCCGCUCACGUCGGGCGGCUUUCAAACGGCGACUUCAAACACUCCCCAGACAAGCCCCGGCUCCCCCCGACUGCAGCCUCAGCCUGAUCGUCUGCUCCAAGCAUUUAUCAGAUCAGCCAGGCAGUAGGACAGACGCGCUCCCUCUCGCAGCCGCUGGCCGUCCCAUAAAGCCACGGGCGAAUUGUUGGCCAGGCGCACUGUCCGCGAACCACUGGGGCCCCCAUCAGAGCGACCGCCGUCUGUUAGAGGCUUAUGGAAACAGCUCAGAACUGCAGCUACGCUGUUACCAUCGAAGUGCUCCCAGUCUCCGGAUAAGACUCUUCCAGGCCCCAGCAUGAGGCGCGUAGUUCUAGCCAGCCUGGUUCUGUUGGCCUGCCUGGGCCUCACACUGACCCAAGACGCCAGCAGCCCACCCGGGACGUCGGGCAAAAGGCGGAGAGGCGGCGGCGGGCAGGCCCGGCGAGGCGGGAGGAACGGGCCGGCACAGCAGGCAGGCCCCAGAGCCCCGGCCCGGCAUGGCGGGGCCCCCCUGAGCCACGCUGACGACGGGGCCGCCGUGUUCAUCGACUCCUACAGAAGCAUCCAGGGCCUGGAGUCCAGCUACAACGUGUUGCCAGGGAAAACUGGGGCGUGUCAGUACCAGGGCAUCACCAUGUUCGACACGGCAGUCUGGUCCCCCAGGCCCUGCAUCACCUGCCUGUGCUCCAGCGGGGAGGUGGUCUGCGAUGACUUCAUGUGUCCCCGGCUGAGCUGCCCAUUCACAGCCACCCCCGCAGGGGACUGCUGCCCCGUCUGCAUGGACCUUGCCCCCGACAGCCCAGAGAUUUCCGGCGAUUCUCCACUGCCUGACACCCCCCACAAGACAGGAAUGAAUGCAGCCCCACCUCAAACCCGCAUCAGGACCGACGAAAUGCUGAAGGAGAAGGAGCAGGGGGAAGUGCUCCCAAAAAAAGACGCCAGACAAAAGAGGAAAAGGAAGGAGAAGAAGCCGGAGGCUGAGAAGCAUCAGAAACCCCUGGCAGAGCUGUGGAAUGAGGAGGAAGAGGAGCAGAGAGAGAAGGAGGUGAAGGAGACGUGGAGGGUGGAGGCAGGGAGGAGGCAGGAGGCGGUAGAAGAAAGGAAACUGGAGGUGGAAGAGGAGAACUUGCGAGACAAAGGAAGGAGGGAGGAGCUGGAGGCAGAAGAGAGGAAUCUCUUAAGAGCCAUGCAGGAGGUGCUGGAGGCCAUGGAGAGCAGAGAAGAAGAGGAAGAAGAGGACAAAGUAUGGUUGAGAGGUGAUGUUUUUGAGAUGCCAGAGGAGAGCCACACAGAAGAGGAAAUCCCGCCCCUUCCGGAACCUGAGGAGGAAGUGAUGGGCGGGGCACCCUCCCUGCCGGCCGGCUGUACCAUCUCUGAUACCGCGGUCACCUGUGAGAAUGCCGAGCUGACCAGCAUCCCGCCCCUGUCCCUUCCCGAACUUAAGGAGCUCAGCCUGGAAGGGAAUGCCAUAAUGAGCAUCCCAGCAGAGGCGUUCAAUGGCAUCCCUAACCUGGAAAGGAUCAACCUCGGGAAGAACAAGCUCACCUCGGCCGGCAUCAGUCCACAUGCUUUCAAAAAGCUGAGACACUUAAGGCGGCUCUACAUGGGUGGAAACCUCCUGCAGCAAAUUCCGGAAGAUCUACCAUCCAGCCUGGAAGAGCUCAAGAUCAACGAAAACAAGCUGAGCGGGAUCGACGAUGACAGCUUGGAUGAUCUCAGCAGCCUGGUGACACUGGAGCUGGAGGGGAACCUGCUGAGCGAGGCCAACGUGGACCCCAUGGCCUUCCAGGCCCUCAAGCAGCUCGCCUACCUGCGGCUGGGCAGAAACCACUUCCGCACCAUCCCACAGGGGCUACCACAGAGCCUGCUGGAGCUGUACCUCGAAAACAACCUGAUCGAAGAAAUAUCGGAAUCGGCACUCAACCGCACCACAAACCUGAAUGUAGUCGUGCUGAGGCACAACAAACUGGAGGAGUCGCGCAUCGCCCCCCUGGCGUGGAUCAAUCAUAAGAACCUGGAAUCCAUCGACCUGUCACACAACAAACUGUAUCAAGUCCCUUCUUUCCUGCCGGGAUCUCUCGUCCAUCUGGUUCUGGUCGGAAACCAGAUUGACAGGAUUCCAGGCUACGUGUUCGCCCACAUGAACCCGGGCAUCGAGUACCUGUACCUGUCAUUCAACAAGCUGGACGGCGAUGGGAUCGACAGCACAUCCUUCUUCGGGGCGUACCACUCGCUGAUCGAACUGUUCCUCGACCACAACCAGCUGGCUUCCAUACCCCCAGGAAUCAGCGAGAUGAGGUCGCUGCACUUCCUCAGACUGAACGACAACAGAAUCAGGAGCUUCGAAGAAGAGUCCAUAUGUGACCCCCAGAAUGACGAAGACUCCAGCCUGGUGACUCUGCGUCUGGAAAACAACUUCAUUGACACCCGGAAGCUCUCCCCAACAUCUUUCUCCUGCAUAAUCUCCUACUCUAGUGUUGUUCUGAAGCCACAGAAGGUCAAAUACUGACUUAAUCUAUGGUAUGAUUAUGGUCCAAAAGAGGAAAAAAACAAACAGAUGUACAAAAGGGCAAAGUCAGUGCUUCACAAGAAAAAAAUCACACACAAGUACAUGGAUAUAAAUGAUGAUACGGUGCCGCCACGAUUCAAAGACAAUUCCUUUUUUUAAUCUUAAGAUUAGACAUUUUAAGAUGCAAUUGCCAUCUUACAUUUUUUAAAGCAAAAGUAAUCAUUACCUGACCACAGAUUUGCAUUUUUUCCCCCUUAUAAUAUUUAAUAAAAUUUCCAUAAAUUCUCAAAAAAAAAAAAAAAAUCAUGUAAUGAGGAAAAAAUGUUGAAGCUUUGCAGUACGGUAAUGAUCACCUUCAUCUACUUCAACAUUUCCUUUCCGUACCAAAGAGACGUCUGCAGAUGGUGCAGAUGGAAGCCAUUUCCCACAAUAACAUGUUUAUCGUGAGCGGUGAAACUAAUUCUUUUUCUGUGGAAAGUGCUGCCCCAUGGAGAGGUGCCCUCUGUUACGUGACGUCUCCUUAGCAUUGGCACACCUUUACAGAUAUCACAGAGGAGAAGAACUGGGCAAGAACAUGGCUCAUUAAGGCUGCUUAUGAAAACAAGAGUCCUUGGCCAGCUGUAAUCAAAGUUGGGUUACUGGAUAAAAGAGCCUCACUUUGCUGUACAGUUACAAAAACCAUCAAUAUAGAAACGAAUUUCUCACAUAAAACAUUGGGAUCCUUUAAAUCAGAGGUAGAUAAGAUUUCAACAACUCUGAGCUAUUAGUUGAGUUCUCUCCAAACGAGCUUGAUGGACUCGUUUGUAAAUUUCUUAUGUUCUUAUAUUCAUAGGAAUGGAAGUUAAUAUCCUGGUACAUUUAGACAACGAGGCAACUCUUAUUUAAAUCUAAUCUAAAGACACCAACAGAGAAAUUUAUAGGGACAAUGCCAACGUCCCCUUUUAGGAGACCGAGUUCUAUGCGAAAACAGCUCUUUUUAUUUGUAUUUUAACUAUACUUUUAUAGUAUUUGGAUACAUUAUUCUUUUUGACUGUUUCAAGUUUAUGACUCUUAAGCACCUGUACUUGGCUGGUUCAGAUUAAAAGCAGGCUUUUUAAAAUAAUUUUUAACAAAAUAAGGUGUGAUUAUGUACAUUUUAAUAGGAUAAUGUCAGUGGUACUGCUUCAGUGCACCAAUAAAACAUCAAAGCAAAA